AUGUGUCUGUAUCCAUAUAGAAUCAUGACAGUGGAGCAACGAGAUGUUCCCGGAAUCGACUGCGCGUACUUGGCCAUGGACACCGAGGAAGGCGUGGAGGUGGUGUGGAACGAGGUGCAGUUCUCGGAGCGAAAAAACUACAAAGCCCAAGAGGACAAGAUCCGACAAGUGUUCGAAAGUCUCACUCAACUCCAGCAUCCCAACAUCGUCAACUUCCAUCGAUACUGGACGGACACGCACAAUGACAAACCACGUGUCAUAUUCAUCACAGAAUACAUGUCUUCUGGCUCGUUGAAACAGUUCCUAAAGCGUACCAAACGCAACGUGAAGAAGAUUUCACUGACAGCGUGGAAACGAUGGUGCACGCAAAUCCUAUCGGCCCUAAGGUAUGUGCUAGUGCUGGACACUCCGAUCCUGUUGGUAUUAGGAUCAUUCUACUUUCUAUUUAUUUACUAUUAUUUUUUUUUUUCUAAAAAAAUCGUCGCAUUAUCGUUGCGCACUUCCGUUGACAGUGCAAAACGUACCUAUAUAUAUUAUGUUCUAUAUAUAGAAUAUUUUUUCAAUCAUAAAUGCAGAUUUGGCAUUUACCCGUUGACUGCAUACGCCCUGGAAGCUGGACCUGUGCGGCUUACCACUUACCAACCGCAGAGUCCGACCGGUUCCAUGGACCAAUCCAUCCCGUCGGAUAGRAGCAGUUCCGGUCCGAUCGACGUCGAAGUCAGACGUAUCGUCAACAUGAUGUGUAACAUCAAACCGCGUGACGAUGCUCAAAAUGACUUUAUGAUGACAAUUCUGCUGCGGAUGGACGACAAGAUGAAUCGUCAACUGACGUGUUCCAUAACGGACGCGGACACGGCGCUGUCUCUCUCUCAAGAAUUGGUGCACUUUGGCUUCAUCAAUGAGCUGGACAAAGACAAGAUCUUYGUGAUCAUCGAAGAGACACUGUCCGAGGGUCCGCAGUACAAAGAAGACUACGACGACCACUCGUCGUCUGUACCGAUGGACACCGAAUCGCCGCCGCUGUCGCAGAAACGAUCGUCAGCCGCCGCCACCCCGUCGUCGUCGUCCAGGCCCAGCGUCAUACGGUCGCCAGUGAAACGCGACGGCAGUUAAUGAUAGCUACGUGGCCAACGCGAGUUGGUCACUCGGUUUCGUCAAACCCGCCGACCACCGGCGGCGACCACACGGCCACCAUGGACCGCGUACCGUUUAUAUUCGCUUCUUCCAAGUUUAAAAUGUAUAAAAAACACGUUGCAGUGCGUCAUCGUUUCGAUGACGUCGACCAUAUUUCCUCCUUCCGGUCAUCCGCGUCAAUUCAAAUCAAACAAAACGUGCGAAAAACAAAAGCGAAUUCGAUAAAACAAC